UGUGUGUGUGUGUGUGUGUCUGUCUGUCUGUCUGUCUGUCUGUCUUUAAUUUCCGAAACGCCACUUUUCUUAAAACGCAUUUGGUCCACUCGGGCUGCCUUAGAGACGGUUGCAGACACUUUGCUGGAAUCCACAGCGGCUACACGAGACUUCAGAAGACGCAUCCCAGUACACAGGCUCCAACAUGGCAUCUGCGUUGAUCUCGGUCCCGACCACAGCGUCCCGCUUCGCCUUGCUGCAGGUGGACUCGGACUCCGACACGGACUCCGACUCGGGAAAACCUAAAUCAUCUCGAGAAGCCGGGAAAUCCUCGCGAUCUGGGAAAUCCGCCGGCUCCAAGAGCAACCAGAGCGGUGACAAAAAGAAAGACAAGAAGAAACGCAAGAAGGAGCAGCAGCAGAGUGAAACCAAUGAGCUCAGGAACCUCGCCUUUAAGAAGCUGCCUCAAAAAUCUUCAGCACCUCCAUCUACUUUGACACUACAGGGUUUAGCCAGUGAGCUGCUAAAUUCCCCUGAUCGCACCUCUGCCCCCCAGGAAAGCUGGCAGGAGUGGAAACAGAGAGACGAGCGGCUGACCAGCGAGUUGUAUGAAGCAGACUUGGAAAAGGCCUUAAUCAUGAGUAAACUAGAGUUUGAGCAACAGAAAAAGGAUGGCGUGAACGCCGAGACCGCAUCGCCCAAAGCCAAAGCAGGAGGGAAGAAAGAGAAGAAAAAGAACCAGCAGGGGAAAGACAAACGCAUCACGGUGUCUCUAAAAGACUUCCAGCACGAGGGAAACGUGGAUCCGCCGAGUAAGAGGUCCGAGAGAGAGGAGCCGAAGCCCACUAACACAUCGGCGCACGAAAAGAGAUUCUUUAACCAACUAGAGGACGACGUGAACCGGAUCGUGCAGAGGGACAAGCGUCGAGAGCAGUACAGCUGCAGCACCGGUCAAGAGGUCAACACCUCUUCUGAACAAGAACAGGACAGGGAUGUACGAGCUGAGCAGUUGAAGUUCGAGCUGGAAAAGAAAGACCAGGAAAUAGUCAAAUUGAAGAAGACUAUUACUCAGUGGGAGGAUAGAUAUAAAGAAGUGAAAGCAAGAAACGCUCAGUUACUCAAGAUGCUUCAACAAGGAGAGAUGAAAGACAAAGCGGAAAUCCUGCAGCAAGUCGAGGAGCUUCUGAACAUAAAAGAGGAGCUGACAAAACAGGUGACUGUGCUGCAUGCAUCCUUAGAACAGGAGCGAUCGAAGGUCAAGGGGUUACAGACAGAACAACCGAAACAUCAAACCAACCGGAAGGGCAAGAAGGGACCAGAGGGAGAUUUAUGAAGAUCAGACAUGGAUAUGAAUGAACGUUUUAUUCCUUCCUUCCUGCUCCAGCACUGACCUACACUCCACUCGCUCAUCUCAUCUCAUUUCAGCUUGUAUGACUGACUGACACACACACACACACACACACACACAUGUACUUCUUCCUGUCCCUCACGGCUGCAGUCUUGUUUGCCUCAUAACGAUUAUGUGAGUAAAAGUUGCCCUUGAGUGCUGCUAAGAUUUAAAUACGAUGCCAUUUAACCAGGGUUGAGUUUCCCAGAAGCUAACGUUCACGUUGUGCGAAUUAUAAAUGCUGUCACCGAGCAGGAUUUAUAGCUCUGGGGAGAAAACUGGACCCAGGUUCCAUCCUGAGCCACAAACAGGACCUAAAUCAGUAUAAAUGGGCAACUUCUACUAACACAAUAUAAAGCCUUGUGUCAUUUUGUCCGGAAUGGUCUACCAGCUGCUGGUGGGGGAAAAGCGCCAGGGUAUUUUUUCCACCAUUCACUUCACUCUGUACAUCAUUAUGAGUGGAAGGGUGUACUUUUGAGUUCUUUUUAAUAAAGACGCCAAUCUACUUUUUCAAAGAAUAA